AUGACCAAAUCGACCGACUCCGACGCUCCUGCCCUUCACCAGCGUACCACCGGUCCCUUCUCAACCUGCAAAUCUGAGUCAAUCUCCAGUUCGACCCCCCCUGGCGCCUGGAACGAUGGAGCUCAAUCUACCGCCAUAGAACAACUUGUCGGACUCAAGCAGGGUUUGCGCACCUCAGACACCGAGCUCUUCUGGCAAAGGCUCAUGGAGGAUGUGACCUCCAUCAGCAAAGCACAGUAUGGGUUCGUGGCAAGACGAGUGCACGGUGCCGAAUCCGUGAAGGAAGUUGGCGACCGUCGCCCCUCGCUCUUCGGCGCGGUAUUCUAUUACAACGAUGGCUACGGGAACGUCGGAUUACAACGAGACCGAUAUUUCGCCGGCGGAAACCCUCUUUUGUAUAUGGAUUAUGACCGUCCGUGUGUGAUUUCCGAGAACCUCCAGUCAGUGUUGUCUUUCGGCGAUGGCCAGCUUCCGUUCCCCGCCGAAGCCUACAUGGCGAUCCCCCUCUUCUCCAACGGGAAGUGCUUGGCGCAUCUUGGAUUGAUGUGGUCUCCAGAAGGUGCGGGACAACGGGACUUGUCAUGGUCAUUUCUGGAAAUGCUAUUACAUUCUCUCGAGGACAUGAUCGUCCAGCGACUCCUUCUGGACAAAGUGUUCCCGGAGCAUCAAUUGACCGAACCUCUAGCAUCCAACCAUCCCACUCCGCCAAAACCAGUUGAACCCUCUCAAGAUGUUCCCGACUUCACAUCCCAGCCACUCAAACCGUUCGCUCGCAGUUUGUCCCACGAAUUACGGACCCCUAUGCAAGGCGUUGUGGGGAUGUUGGAUGUGAUGCACGCUACUGUACGGGAGGCAAUGGAGAGCAAAGCUCCUGUCAAACCGGGCGGUAUUUUCCAGACCCUCAAGGAAGGUAUUGAAAUGGUCCAGGACAGCGCCAGACGUGCUGUCGAGGCUGCAGAUAACGUUGUGCAUGCAUACGAUCUCAAUAUGCAAGUUCCUAAAACUCCCCAACGAGAGGAAGAAAACUGCGAUCUGUCGCAGAUAGCAGAGCAUCCCACCGAAAACCGACCGAGUGUCUUUAUCGAGGGGAACAACAUCGCCGUAAACCCUUACAAGCGACGCCGAAGUCUUCCGUUGGAUGUCUCAGCAUCCGCGCGGCCGGCCCGGCGGCAGCGGCUGCGGGCGGCUACAUCAAGACAGGAACUUUCACCCCGCAGCGAAGAAGUGAAGAAUGCGGUCCACGAAAGCGAUAAAAUCGUUCACGCCACCCCUGCCCGCCAGAUUGAAGCAGUCAUGGCCAACAUGGUGGACCCGAGACCGUCAAUUGCGGUCCGCCGAUCGGCACCGCAUCUGCUUUUAGAGGGUAUCAACACAAAUUUGAGAGGCCCAGCUCUGCGGUUUACCAAGCUCCGAGAUCUUCUUCGACUUGUUAUCAACGAGUCUCUUCACGUUGGUGGCCGACCCGAGUCUGCCGAGAGCAACGUGACGGACUGUGGCGAGACAAUUGAGAUUCGAUCUCGAUCCUCGAACGGCCAGGUCUACACAAAGACGGUUGAUUGGUCGGUUGACCCGGCACUUCCAGAAACCCUGUUAGCAGAUGAUAGGGAUCUUGCCAAAUUGAUUUCCUAUGCUAAGAAGAACGAUGUAUUGAUUAUGGUGCGAGAUACUGGUCCAGGAAUUCCGGCUGCGUUUCUGCCCAAUCUCUUUAAGCCUUUUGCUCGCGAAGAUGCAUCAAUCACGCGAAGUAAGGACGGCUUGGGACUUGGCCUUCUCGUAGCCAAAGGUCUGUCCAGAAAGAUGGGAGGUGACCUGAUUUGUGUUCGCUCAGCUACCACAGGCCCUGACCACGGAUCGGAAUUUCAGAUCAGAGUACCUGUCAACCAGCGCGAAGCCUACAGCCGCCUCAGAAGCCCGUGCGAGAGGACCAUGACCCCUCCAUCACUCAACGGGCACACACGCACCGGAAGUGGCAGCAGCUUCGUUUGGGAACCCGCAUCUUUGAGCUCGCCGGCCGUAUCGCAGAAUAUUCAACUGCAGCAACCGACCCCUAGCACUGUAGGUGAGACUCCAUCUCACAAUUCUCCGUCUCAAAUCGCCACCCAGCCUCAGAUCACUACUCUCCCCAUCUCGCAAGACGCCUACGACAAGAAGCUUGGGGAAAAAUACCCCUUGCGAUUUUUGGUUGCAGAAGACAACCGAAUCAAUCGCCGUGUCCUAGUCAACAUGCUACGGAAGCUAGGCUACCGAGAUGUGCUCGAAGCCGCCGAUGGUAGAGAAGCUGUUCAGAUAGUCAAAGAUACUUUGACAGCAUCAACGCCAAGGCAUAGUUCAACGGCAUUUCCCAGUCUCGUUUGCGGGUCACCCGACGAACCCCCAGAAACUCACCCUGGCGAGAUCAGACCAAUCGACAUCGUGCUCAUGGAUCUUUGGAUGCCAGAGAUGGAUGGCUACGAAGCCACUACUCGCAUUCUGCAGAUGGUUGAUGAUUACGGGAAACCAUCUACUUCACUGGAAGGAUCCCCUCGGAUAGAUUCAAUCAACUCAGACAGCAUGGAAAUGGACAUGACACCUCGCACCCCUCAACCUCCUACCAUUCUCGCCGUCAGUGCCGAUGUCACCGAUGAGGCAUUGGCACGUGCCUCCAAAGUCGGAAUCAAGGGUUAUAUGACGAAGCCUUACAAACUCACCGAUCUGGAGAGGUUGAUUCUUGGAUUCUGUGGAGAUCGUGGGGACAUGAUCAUUGACAGUUGA